CGCGGCGGCGCGGGGCUGCAUGGACGUGAUGUCCCCGCAACAGGAGCACCUCGGCCCGGGCCGCUCGUCCUCGGUGAGCGGCGAGGGCAGGGGCUUCGCUGCCGCCGCCGACAGCAAGAAGAAAAUGAAGAGUUUGGCCCAGAGACGCCAGUCUGCACCAUCUUUGAUCUUUGUCAAAGCACUUAGCAGAUCUAGAUCGGCCUCAAGGGAAGGCUGCUUGUCCCCCAUCAGCCCAGAGGCAUGGCCUCUUGUGCAGUCUUUCAUAUGCCACAACCGAACGUUCAUCCUGGAUGGCCAUGUGCAGCUGAAGACGAGUCUGCAAACCCAGGAGCGACACCUUUUUCUCUUCACAGACAUUCUGGUUGUUGCCAAGUCCAAGUCACACUCUCAUUUCAAACUAAAGUGCCAAGCACGUCUCUGUGAGAUGUGGACAGCAUUUUGUACAGAAGAAGUCUGUGAAGGCAGCACAGACCCAGAGAGGUCUUUUGUUUUGGGCUGGCCCACCACAAACUGUGUGGCAAAUUUCAGGUCUGCAGAACAAAAGGAAACAUGGCUCUCUUUUUUGCAAAGUCGAAUAAGAGAAGAGAAGGAAAAAGACAAUCCUAAAAGGAUUCCUGUGACGAUAAUUGCAAAAGACGUGGGAACUUGUGCAUAUUCAAAAACCCUAAGUGUAACCAAUGUUGAUACAGCAAACGAUGUAAUUCUGAUGGCCCUGCAGCAGCUGGGAAUUAAUGGCUCUGAAAAAGAUUACAAGCUGUGGGUGAUUUCAGGAAGAGAACAUGCUCCUUACCCUCUUAUUGGACAUGAAUAUCCCUUUGGAAUUAAAAUGAGCCAUAUUCGCGACGCUAUGCCCCAUGGAUCAAAGCACUGUGCCUGCCCCAGGCAGCUUCAGGAGUCUUUCCUGACAGAGCAGCUGCCCCAGGAGCUGCAGUGCCAGUUUGUGCUGAAGCCAAGCCAAGUGGCCGUGUGCCAGCAGCUGAACGACUUAAGCCAAAAGUCAUUUAAAAGGAAAAGAUCUAUCAUAAAUUGGGCUUUUUGGCGUGGCCCAGGCACUCAUUUGGACAAUGCACCCCUCUCCACAACAUCUGCUGCUCCUGGGAAGCUCUUUGGCCUCUUGCUAACAACCAUCUGUGAGGAUGACAACCUGCCCAAACCCCUGUUGGACAUGCUUUCUCUCCUUUACCAAGAGGGCCCUUCCACCAAGGGUAUUUUCAGACGCUCUGGAAGUGCAAAAACCUUCAAAGAGCUCAAGGAGAAGCUUGAUUCAGGCUCUGAAGUGGACCUAGCCUGUGAAUCCAUAUUUGUGACAGCAUCUUUGUUUAAGGAUUUUCUUCGCAACAUCCCAGGCAGCAUUUUGUCAUCCCAGCUGUGUGAUAAGUGGGUCUCUGUGCUGGAUCAAGGAAAUACUGAAGAGAGGAUAAAAAGCAUACAAAGGUUAUUAGAGCAGCUCCCCAGAGCUAAUGUUGUUCUCCUACGUUACAUCUUUGGAGUGCUGCAUGGUAUAGAAAUGAGAUCUGAAGAGAACCAGAUGAAUGCAUUUAAUCUGGCUGUCUGCAUUGCACCUAGCUUGCUCUGGCCUCCUGUUUCCUCCACUCCUGAUAUAGAAAGUGAAUUUAUAAAAAAGAUUUCCAGUCUGGUACAGUUCCUCAUUGAGAAUUGCUGCAGGAUUUUUGGAGAUGAAAUUACCUCCCUCUUUGGAGAAAUACUGAUGACAUGCAGUAGAGAGAACAGCUCAGAUGUUGCUUCUCUCCAUCAGAAUGAUUCUUCCUAUGACAGCCUGGAAAAUGAGGCGAAUGAUGAAGCUGACUCUUCUUCUAGUGACUGGAUUAAAACCCGCGAUCAAGAUAACCGGAGCAGGGAGUCUGUCUUCACUCUGAGUGAUGGUGAUUCGGAACAGACAGAGGUGGAUGAAAUCCAAAGCGAGACCAGAUCAAAGCAGUUGACAAUUUCUGUUGGCAUGCACCUGAAGUUUUCAUCGCAAGAAAACUCACAGAAUGAAUCUCGGUGCUCCGGCGCACUGGGUUUCUCCUCAGCCGCUACCUCAGGUGCUCUCAAAACUUCGAGGAGACACAGACGCUCCUCCGAGCCUGCAGUUGCCCUCCUCGCCUCCAGUUUUGUCCACAUUGAUGAUGGUCAUGAGAAGGCAACACGCAAAGCCAGCUGUGAUGUUGUCCUAUCUCAUGAAGAUGAAGACUAUCUCUGUCAGCUUCGGUCAUUGCAGAUGGAAAGGCAAAAGCUUAGCAAUCGGAGCUUGAUUAUGGGGAUUAAUGUUGGUAAAAGUGACAACACAAAUCAAAACGUUGAAAGGAAAGACCUGUCCCAUUGUCUCCUGCCUCCAACACCAGAGGGAUUAAAUAUUUGCUCAGGAUUUAGCUGUUCUAGCCAGUCUUCUGGGACAUCUCCAUCUGUGUCAUCAAUUUGCUCUCUGGACAGUGCUUUCUCGCAGUUUUCAGACCAGACUCUGUUUACCCUAAGUGAAACCUCCUGCCCUUUCGACAGCACUUUUCAAUUGCUAAAGAAACACGAAGACGCUACUGCUGCUGCUGCUGUGGCUGGUGACUAUUUGGUUACACCCACCAAGGUGCCACCGUCUCCACAACCUACUGACGCUGUGGCUGAAAGGGGCUUGGUGGAGCCCAACAGCAGGCCAGCCCCCCUGAAACCUACUGAUGGAGUUGAUGGCUAUUUGAUUAAGCCUAAAAUUCAGGCAUUGCCUCUGAAAGUCACAGGAAGAGACAGUCUUCAUGAUCAAAGAGGAAGUCUAGAAAAACAUUACAGCAAUCCAAAGUUUAAAGAGACUGACCAAAGCUUUUUUGCAGAGGAAUAUUAAUGCUUAAAAUAAACACCAUAAAGAAAAUGC